AUGAUGACGCGGAUUUUGUUGGUUUUAGGCCCGCUCGUCCUAGCCCGGUUGCAGAUCCUCGGCAAAGAUUCGCUGUAUAUCAUUUUGGGCUGCACCGGCGCGGCCACAUCAUUCUAUAUGCUGGCAUUUGCCCCGAACACGGCUACCGUAUUCUCAACGGCAUUCGUCUUCUUCCUGGUGGGUUUCCUGUAUCCGGGCAGUCGAUCAUUCGUCCCGCGGCUCGUCGAACAACACGAAACGGCGCGGCUCUUCUCGAUUCUUGGCGUUGUGAUGGUAAUCUGCCCAGUGAUCUCCGGCAUCGUGUUCAAUUCGCUGUAUCGUGAAACACUCGAUUGGUGGCCCGGAUUCUCGUUCCUCAUCGCCGCCGUCUUUGCCACAUUGGCCACGUUUGGGCAAUGUGCGAUGCACUGGCUGAUGCGGCCAUUAUGGCUGGAGGAAUAUGAAGCCGUGCAAAAGGAGAAAGCCGACACAAAAACAGACGCG